AUGUACCGAUCGUUGUCUAAAUUGCGCAAGAACUGCGUUUUUUUCAAAAGUUCUCUUGGCGUUGCGAGGCAGAGGAGACAGCUGUCGUCGAAGAUGUAUCAGAGGAUCAUUACCCCACAGCAGGACGCGCGUCUUUACAAGUAUUUGGUGCUGCCGUCGGGGUUGCGCGUGUUGCUGAUUAGCGAUCCGGAGGCGGACAAGGCGGCGGCGGCGAUGGACGUGAGGGUGGGGAGUUACAACGAUCCGCCGGGGGUGAUGGGGCUGGCGCAUUUUUGCGAGCACAUGUUGUUUUUGGGGACAGAGAAGUACCCGGACGAGUCGGAGUAUGGGACCUAUUUGAGCAGUCACGGGGGUCAGCACAACGCGUUUACGUUGCCGGAGUCGACGAAUUAUUUUUUCGACGUGGCGUGGGACGCGUUGGACGGGGCGUUGGACCGUUUUGCUCAGUUUUUCAUAGCGCCGAAGUUUACGGAGUCUGGGACGCAGAGGGAGGUGGAGGCGAUAGAGAGCGAGCACAACAAGAACUUGCAGAGCGACAGCCGAAGGGGUUACCAGUUGGCGUGCUCGACGGCGUCGCCGAGCCACCCGAUGCACCAGUUUAGCACGGGGAGUUUGGAGACGCUGAGGGUGCACGCGGACAUAAGAGAGAAGUUGUUGAGGUUUUACGAGAGCUACUAUUCGUCGAACGUGAUGAGGUUGGUGGUGCUGGGGAGGGAGUCGCUGGAGAGCUUGGAGGAGUCGGUGAGGGAGAAGUUUUCGGCGGUGGAGGACCGGCGGGUGGUGUUGCCGGUGUUCAACGGGCGUCCGUACGAGCCGGAGCAGUUGGGGACGAGGGUGAGGUACGCGCCGGUGAAGGAGUUGAGGUUGGUGGAGUUGUUUUGGCCGAUGCCGCCGCAGCAGGGUUACUACAGAGAGAAGCCGAUACAUUACUUGUCGGAGUUGCUGGGGCACGAGGGGAGGGGUUCGGUGUUGUACUGGUUGAGGAAGUUGGGGUGGGCGAACGCGUUGUCGGCUGGGACGUUGCACGACAACACGGAUUACGCGAUUUUUUCGACGUCGAUAGAGUUGACGAGGGAGGGCGAGGACCACGUCGACGAGAUAGUGGACGUGGUGUACGCCUAUUUGAGUUUGGUGAGGGCGAGGGGGGUGAGAAGGGAUUUGUUUGAAGAGCAGAGGUUGCUCAGCGAGUUGGGUUUUUCGUUCAAGGACCGCGAGGAGGCGAUUUGCUACGUGUCCACGUUGGCGAUGAACAUGCAGUUGUACCCGGAGAGUCACGUGCUGUGCGGGCCCUACUUGAUAGAGAGGUUUGACGAGUCGUUGAUUCGUCGUUUUUUGGAGUGCUUGACGCCUGGGAAUAUGAGGUGUCACGUGUGCAGUCCGAGGUAUCGCAGGGAGGGCGGCGCGUGCGAGUUGGACAGGGUGGAGAAGUACUACGGCAUAGAGUACCGGAUGGAGCCGAUAGCGAGGGAGUUGUUGGACCGCUGGGAGCGCUUGAGGACGUCGAGCGAGGAGGAGAUUGGGAGGUUGUACGGCGAGCUGGACGUGCCUCGGUUGAAUCCGUUCGUGCCGGACGACUUGGAGUUGAAGCCGUUGCCGGAGGGUUCCGCCGCGAGCGAGUACCCGGAGAUGAUCGAGGACAGCUUGGUAGGGCGAGCUUGGUACAAGCGGGACAGGACUUACAACCGUCCCAAGAUGGUGACGGCGCUGGACGUUUGCUCUCCUUGCGCCUACGCCAGUCCCGCCGCGUGCGUGAAGACGAGGCUGGUGGUGGAGCUCCUGGAGGACGAGUUGAACGAGCGAACGUACGAGGCGCGUUUGGCCGGGUUGAAGUACUCCGUGAUGAACACUUGCGAGGGCCUGCACAUCUGGGUGUCCGGGUACAAUUGCAAGCAGCACGUGCUGAUCGAGAUGAUAUUGGAGAAGCUGCGCCACCUGAAGAUUUCGCAGGACCGAUACAGGGUCAUCCGACAGGCGGUCGAGCAGUUCUUUCAAAACCAGCUUCUGUGUUCUCCCUACAAUUUGGCGUUUUACAACCUGUCGGUGGCGCUGGAGAGCGCUCGGUGGCACAACCGGCAGUACAUUCACUCGAUCAAGGACAUGACGAUUGAGCAGGUGCAGCAGUGGGUUCCCGAGCUGCUGGACCAGCUUUACAUCGAGUACCUGAUCUACGGAAACGUGACCGAGGGCGAGGCGCGAAACCUAGUUCGCCUGACCGAGAGCACCUUGUCGCCUCGUCCCUGCCUGAGCGGCCAAGGACAGCACCCCCGCCUGGUCCGACUAGAGGCGGGCAAGGAGUACGUGUAUCAGGAGUGCUGCGCGAAUCCGGAGGAGACGAACGUCGCGAUCGUGAACUACUACCAAGUGGACAUGACGAACCACCGAUUGUCGAUGCUGAACGAGCUUCUGGUGCAGGUGCUGCACCCAGAGGCGUUCUCGCAGCUCCGCACGACGGAGCAGCUCGGAUACGUGGUGCUCACCGACUCGCGCCGAGACUGCUGCGUGGAGGGAUUCUUCAUCUGCAUCCAGUCGAACAAAGUCGACCCGCAGACCCUGGACGAGCGCAUCGAGCAGUUCCUGCAGACGGCGAAGGAGCAGUACCUAGUGAAGAUGAGUCGGUGCGAGUUCGAGCGACACCGCCAAUCGCUUGCGAUAAAGCGGCUGAAGCGCAUCGAAAGCCUGAAAAAGCAGGCGGUCGACUACUGGUCUCAAAUCCUCAGUCCGAGGCAAUACGAGUUCGACUAUCGACAAAGAGAGGUGGCGGCUCUAGAAACGAUCACCCUGGAGGACCUGGUCGAGUUCUUCGACGAGCACAUCUCCGCGAGCUCCUCGCGCAGGAGGAAGUUCUCGAGCCAAAUCUGGCGCCACGGCGCCGAACCCGUGGCGAAGCAAGGCCCCCAAGUCGUCCCGGUGGACGAGCUGUUCCGAUUCAAGCACUGCAUGCCUCUUUUCGGCGUGCUCCCGCCCGGCAAGUUCCGCAUGCAGCAGUGA